ACUUCCUUUUAUGGCUCUCUUAUACAGGUAAACAAGUUAAUACGCCCACCUGUGUAGCCGGCUUUUUUCCUUUCCACACGUAAAGAUGGCUAACAUAGACAAACAGACAAUCCGCGAUGCUUACGAAGAAGUUCGUAAUGAUAGUAACGACACUAAUUGGGCUGUUUUGAAAUAUGAUGGAUCACACAUUGUCCUGGGUUCUACUGGGUCUAGUUUUGAAGACUUCGCGUCGAAUUUCACCGAUGAUGAUCGAGUAUACGGGUUCCUCCGAGUGAUCGCCGGCGACGAGCUCAGCAAACGAACUAAAUUCGCCUUAAUUGUAUGGCUCGGUAAAAAUGUGUCUGGAAUCAAACGGGCAAGAAUGGGCACCGACAAAUCCUCAGUCAAAGAAGUCAUUCGUAGUUAUGCUGUAGAACUAAUGAUUAACGAGAAAUCCGAAUUGAAUGAAGAUUUCAUCAGAGAGGCGAUAGUAAAGGCGGGCGGGGCUAACUACGGAACCGGAACUCGGGAUUGACGGAGGACCAGCUUAGUCCCAACAAAACCGUGACUUACUUAGAAAUUGACAGUGCAUUUUACCUGUCUCGUAUUUUUAUUUAAAAAUCAAGCAUAUACUAGUAUUGUGUUUUAUACUUAAGGGAACAAAUCAUUGUUAUAUAAGUGAUAUUUUUUAGCUUUACAACGCAGUAACAAUGAAAGAUAUUAAUUUUAUGCAAUGAUAUUUCAUGUAUCUACAUCGUGUCCUAUUAUUGCCAGUUCCAUGAUAUUGUUCAGGACAUUUUUCAGUAUUUUAUUGAUACUGACAAAAUAAAAUGAAAAACUAUUGAUAUAUA